GGGUAUCCCUUGCCCGUGUUCGGCGUGAUAGUCGUCUUUCCCCCUCCCUUCAACUCUCUCCCGGCUGGUACAAUGUACCGGGCUACGCAUCGAUCGGAGAAUGCCCACGAGGAGGGAAUCUGGAGUGUAGCUUGGACCGAGGCAGACAACAUCCUGUCCGGGAGCGUUGACGAGCGCGCGAGAGUAUGGUCGUUGGAGUUGGCCCCCGUGCACUCUCUCAACGGCCACCGUCUAGGGGUCUUGAGCGUUCGGGCAUUCAACCACGGCAAAGAGGCGGUGUCAAGCUCGAUCGAUAGCUGCAUCCGAUUCUGGGACUUGGAGAGCGGGGAACAGACCGCUGUGGAGGAGCCAGGACCAGUGGAGGCGUGGACGUUGGCGGUGAGCACGGACGACAAGCUCCUGGCGUCGGGGACGCAGAAGGGAUCCGUCAACCUCUGGGCUUUGGAUGGGCACAAAAAGGUGGCAUCGAUGGAAACUAGAGACAAGUUCGUGAUGAGCGUGGCUUUCAGCCCCGACAACAAAUACCUGGCCUCGGGGGGACUGGACGGGUUGGUCAACAUCUUCGAUGUCGAACAAGCUAAGCUGCACCAAAAGCUGGAGGGCCACGCGAUGCCCAUCCGCAGCCUGUGCUUUUCAGCGGACGGCUCGCUGCUCUUCACGGCGUCGGACGACAUGCGGGUCAACGUCUACGAUGUGAAGAACACUAGUCUGGUGGCGUCCUUCACGGGACACACGUCGUGGGUGCUGAGCGUGGACUGCUGUCCAGACGGUCGGCACUUCGCCACAGGGGGAAGUGACCACACGGUUAAGAUCUGGGAUAUGGCCGCGAAGGAAUGCGUCCACACCUUCGACUCGGCACACAACAACCAGGUGUGGAGCGUGGCGUACAGCCCAGCGGGGGAUAAACUGGUGUCCGGCUGCGAUGACGGAGUGCUGCAGGUCUUCGAAAAGGCGGCAUGACUCAGCCUUUGAUGUAUCCGUAAGCAUGUUACCGCGUGGUGGGAGUUGUAAUUUUGUAGCUGAGAAAAGAGGGCGUGAAAAGAGGGAAAAAUCGUCGACGUACUCUGGGGGGAUGGAGCACCCUUGGUGAAGGUGACGGGGUAGUCGUCGGUACCCGACCGCCCGGCCGUUGGGUCGAUUGUUUCGCCUCAUCACUGUCUGCUGUGGCUUCUGCGACGCGAACGAACCGCCUCCGCCGCGACGUAAUAGCAGUUUCACGAAUUCGAACAAUGUUGUUGGUCCCUCAUCAUUCAUUGUUUAUUUUCUUUUUUCCUGCCGCGUUUCCAAGACAUGUUUUCCUAUAUGAGUGUGUAGCGGGAAUCAACCUGGCUUUCCUUCCACCCAAACCAGGCAUCUCACCGCGACGCCAAUGUGAAAAGGGCGCACCACCCCGUCGACAGGCAGCAGGCUUUCGGGAAAUGGUACCCUGUUUUCAAUCGUCACCUCUCCACGGAUUCCGAUGCAAUAUUUACAGCAUUAGGUUUGGUUCCCUGCCAGGAGAUGGUCAUGUGGCCAAGGGUGGUUAGGUUCGAGAACAGGUUGGGCGGGGCAAAACCCGGAUUGGAGGGGGUGGUGCCGCAGUGUUAUCCUUGAGGCUUGCUUGAAGUUACAAGUUGUGCUGACAAAAGGCAGGCAGGUACAUUUGUACAGGGUGCUUGUGUCGACUCACGCAUGUCGUUUCCAAACCGAUGACGCGGCUACCGCUACCCCG